AUGCGCGCGGCGCUGCAGCGGGCGGUGCACGAACUGCUAGAUGACGCAGUGGCGCAGGGCCCGCCGCCGCCCUCGCAGCUGGCCGCGCGCGUGCGCUGCCUGCAGGCGGCCGUCGCGCAGCUGGCGCCGGCGCUGGGCUUUGACCUCAGUCCCGACCUUUUUGAGUCUCUGCUGCUGCACUGCCAGCCGGAGCCGGGGUCGGACGCGCACCCCUUGGACGGGCCGGGCAGCGCAGGCGGCAGCGCGGAGGGGCCGCAGGGGCCCGCGCUGCGGAUGGUGGAGGCGUACGGCGCGUGGCUGCAGGACGUCCUCGUGCGCGACUCCCGUGGCGUGGGCGUGAUGUACGCCCCCGCGGCGCGCGCGUUCACGUGCGUGUCGCGGGGGGCGCGCGCCGAGGUGGCGGCCUACGCGUCGCUGGGGGAGCUUACUGAGCUGUUCAGGGUGGCAAGGUGGUUUGCGCUGAAUUUCAGCGUUUCUAUCGGCCGUUGGCAUUAA